AUGGCCCCGCGAAUGGCGAUGCGCAGCUUAGCUGCUCGGAGAUGCACAAACUGUCUCGUCGCCGGACGAUACCCCGGUGGCAGCAUCAGGGGCAUCUCGACGACGUACCUCGACAAGGUGGACGAGGGUGAGAAGCGCUGGAGGGAGCGCGCGGAGAAGAUUCAGAGUGGCGAGCUGCCUCAUGUAUGGGACCUCCUGGCCGAGCGUGGCUAUAUAAAGGACGUGGCAGGAAACCCCGACAAGAUUAAAGAAGUCAUGCGCAUCAAGCGCAUGGGCGCCUACGUCGGAAUCGACCCGACGGCCGACUCGAUGCACCUCGGCCACCUCUUACCCUUCAUGGCCCUCUUCUGGCUCUGGUUCCACGGUCACCCGGCCGUGCUGCUGCUGGGAGGCUCGACGGCCAGGAUCGGCGACCCCACGGACCGUCUGGAGAGCCGCGAGAUUCUGUCCAACGCCGCCAUCAGCAAGAAUAUCACAAAGCUUCACUUCCAAUUAUCGCGCCUGUGGACGAACGUCGUCCACCUGCGCGACAAGUACGGCUACCAGGACGAUUGGGCCGCCAAGAAGAACCUGCUCAACAACAACAUGUGGCUGGGAGAAUUCAUGUACCCUCUCCUCCAGGGCUGGGAUUUCUGGCACCUGUACAGCAAGCAGGGCGUGCAGAUGCAGAUUGGCGGGUCCGACCAGUACGGCAACAUCGUGUCAGGCAUCGAGGUGCUCAAGACGGUCCGCAGCACCGAGGAGGCACCCCACUUCGCCAUGCCGACGGACUGGAAGAACGAGCCGUUUGGCUUCACGGUGCCGCUCCUGACGGACUCCUCGGGCGCCAAGUUUGGCAAGAGCGCCGGCAACGCCAUGUGGCUGGACGAGUACAAGACGUCGCCCUUUGACCUGUACGGGUACUUUAUGCGCCGGCCGGACGAGGAGCUGGACAAGCUCCUGCGCCUCUUCACCUUCAUGCCCACCUCCCAGAUCGAGCAGAUCAUGGCCGAGCACCGGGCCGACCCGGCCGCCCGCGUGGCCAACCACCACCUGGCCUUCGAGGUGCUCUCGCUCGUGUACGGGUCCCAGCGCGCGCUGCAGGAGGCCCAGCAGCACCAGUUCCGCUUCGGCGGGAAGCUGCCCCGCAUCGUCAAGGAGCCCGUUGCCGAGACGGGCAUCGUGACGCCCAACACCGCCCCCCGCGCCGAUAUCAAGCUACCCCGCUCCGUCAUCGACAUGUCCCCCGCCAAGAUCCUCUUCGCCUGCGGCCUCGCCUCGAGCGCCAGCGACGGCCAGCGCCUCGUUGCCAAGCAGGGUGCCUACGUCGCCGGUCAGCCCGGUCAGGACCGCGGCCUCGUCCCCGGAAACCUGUCCUGGACGCCCAUGAAGAUGUGGUUCCCCGGUGACACGGCCAAGUUUGUCAUUGACGAGAAGAUCCUCAUCCUGCGCAAGGGCAAGCACAACGUCCGCAUAAUCGAGCUCGUCACCGACGAGGAGUGGAACGAAAGCGGCAACGUCUACCCCGGCCAACCCUUCACCGGCACCCUCCGCCGCGUCGUCCAGAAGAUCAAGGAGGAGGCCGCCGCGAGGGGGGAGGAGCUGACGGAUACCGAGAUUCGCCGUAUGCUCAAGGACUCUCAGGACUCCAAGUCGACUCGUGUCGCCAACAACCCGGGCAUUGAGCUGCCGUCCAAGGCCGAGAUGCGUCAAAAGAAGCAGAAGAGGACUGGAGCUUAA